AUAAAAAUGACCACGCCCCUCACGUGACGUUGGCAUCCCAUCUAUGUAAGGUGUGUCCACGUGCAGGACAGGCCAUUUGUAUACGUCAACCGUCGCGCUGAUGGAAUUCGACGACAAGGUACCAUCUCACCUACGCUACGCGAACGCGCAAUACGCACUCGAACAGAUCGCAAACGGUGCAGCAACGGGAGACAAAUGGCGACUACACUUCCGAUCGGCAAUCGAGCGCGGGUUCGGAGCGCUUGGCGCGCUAAUCGGACGUCUACCAUUCCCGGUGAUCGCAUCUGUGGUCGUGAUCUGCAGCGUGCUCGCAUUUGGUCUGUCCCGGGCACGUUUCGAAACGAACGAGUACAAGCUGUGGACUGAAACGGGCGGGCGACUCGAGGACGAAAUCGACUAUUCCGACCGAGUGUUGGGUGAAGGGUCAGUCUUCAGCAACGAACUCGUCAUCCAGGUUGGUAGGGACGGACGGAGUGCGAUCAGUGUUGAAGCCCUAGAUGAGCAUCUGGAUCUCGUCAAGUAUCUUGCACGCAAUGUCACCGUCGAGAUGUGGGACAGCAGGUGGGGAUUUACUGAUCUGUGUUACAAUAUCAAGCCACCAUCGACACAAGUUUACGGCUAUCUCGAUGGGAUAUUCACCGAGAUGAAUCCCUGCACGGUUCUCAGUGUGCUCGAUUGCUUCUGGGACGGCAGUCUGGUGCACGACCGCAAGCUCUAUCACCUCAAAGUCGACGGUACCGACCUCGAUCAGUACGUCAGUUGGUCGAGUAUGGAUCCUCACGAGCUGCUCGAUGCAAUGAAAGAGACGAAUGCGGAUGAGCUCGUCUUGAGAUCUCUCAGAGAUGCUGGUUUUGAUGGAUAUGUUAGGAAGCAUUGCCUUCAUCCCAGUGAUCCCAGAUGUCCUCAAACUGCACCCAAUAAGGACAACGAGACUGAAAAUAUUGAUCCAGAGGGGAUUAUUGAAGCAUUGACUAAGACGUGCACUGGAUUUGCUAGCGCGGCGGCGAAAUGGCCUUCUCCUCUUAUUGUAUCAGGAGAUGACUGGAAGGAGGGUAAGGGUUCGCAUGCCCUACAGGCGAUCUUUACUCUUCACAGUCAACAGAAAAUUGUGGAGAUGCUGACCGAGUAUCAAUUGAAAUAUCCAAACAGCACGCUCGGCAAGAUGGGCAACCUGUCGCUCGAGGAUGCAUCCACCUUAUUGAAAAAAUGGAGAAAAGAAUUUGUGAAAGUGGUGUAUGACAGAGAGGACGUUCGGAUAUACACUGAUGCUCACGCAUGGACGACAGACUCGGCAAGGCAAAUUAUCGAAAAAUACUCUUGGAACACACUGUCUCUCGUUCUCGUCGUACUCGGUUACUUUUUCAUGAUUUUAUAUGCAGGAUUGGCAUUCUUCAACAUAAAAUCUCUCGUCAGAAAAUCGAGAUUCAAUGUCGGCAUCGUCGGUGUCCUUUUGGUUGUACUUUCUUGUGUGGCGGGACUUGGAUUGGCCUCUUUGUGUGGUCUCCCAUUCAAUGCAUCGACCACUCAGGUGUUGCCAUUUUUGGUUCUUGGGUUGGGCGUAGAUGACAUGUUUGUAAUGGCCCACACGUUCUUUACCAUCUUUGACAGACCUGGCAACAGGCAUACGCCAAUGCACAAGAUGGCAAGAGAAUGCCUCGAACGAGUCGGACUCAGCGUUACGUUGACUUCGGUCACAAACAGUGCCGGAUUCUUUCUCGCUGCCAUUAUCCCAAUUCCUGCCAUGAGAGAUUUCGCUCUGCAGGUUGGUAUAUGUGUGGCAAUGAACUACUUCAUCGUGUUGUUGGCCUUCCCCGCGUAUCUCUGUAUCGAUGGAAGAAGAAUACGAUCCGGUCUCAUCGAUGUCUGCUGUUGCGGUGUGAACAUGUUGAUGUGCUUGUGCCACCACGAGGUACAGGAAUUUUCGGAGAAGCCGCAGACAAAGUCUGAUCUGCAGUUGGAUGGUAUACCUAAGGAACCGGUUGCCAAUGGUGUUUACAGUGGUACCAAUGGUGUUUCCAGUGGUACCACUGUCACUGUGUCUCGUGACAAAAGCAAAGUGUCCAAGAAAGGCAGAAGUGAUGGCCAGAGCUGGGGAGAUUGGUUCGUACGUGAUGUAUAUGCUCCUUUCCUCUUGCGUCGACCGGUGAAAUUCGUAGUAAUACUCAUUGCUUGUAUCCUCUUUGGCACUUGCAUGUAUGGUGCGACCCUCGUGGAGAACGGAUUGGACCUUACAGAGGUCGUCCCUUCCGGAACAAAAGAGCACGAUUACAUAUCGUUACAACUCAAGUAUUUCUCGUUCUUCGAUUUGUACAUAGUUCAGGAUGACAAGAACAACUAUAGUUCGUUACACGUUCAGAAAGAAAUGUUGGAACUCCACAGUCGAUUUGCUAGCGUUCCAUGGAUCGUGACCACCGAUCGUAAGGUAAAUUCGAAGAAAAUUCACACCGUCUCGGAGACCUUCUGGCUCGAAAAGAUGAUUGAUUUCUAUGUUCAACUUCAAAAAGAGUACGAUCAUGACAUUGCCACCAACCAGUAUUCCUAUUCUUCACUUCUUGUUGACAAUUACUUCUUACCCCAAGUAGGAAACGGAAUGUAUGACUUUGAUCUACUCGAAGACAAACAACGUAAACUGUAUGACAAUUCAACCGGCAGACCUCUCAUACCCGAAGACCGAUUCUACGUGUAUCUGUCUGCGUGGACAAGCAUUGAUGUUUUGCAUGCAGAGGCAACACAGCCGAGCUUCCGUCCUCUUGUGCCCAAGUGGCCGGUAGCGGAACAAUUGAAUAUUACACCUGCUCAGCCUAUGGUCUAUGCUCAAAUGCCACUGUAUUCGAACGGUGUGAAUACGUCGGCUAGUCACAUCGAAUUGAUCAAGCAGGUAAGGCAGAUUGUCGAUGAGGCUCGUAGCCGUGGAGUGUCGGCGUAUCCGCGUGGCAUCCCGUUCAUAUUUUAUGAGCAAUACAUCGGUCUGCAGAACCACCUCUAUCUUGCUGUUGGAAUGAUCUUGCUUGCGUGUCUGAUCACCACGUCCGUCUUGCUUCUCAGCGUCUGGUCGGGAAUCAUUAUGGUCGCCAUGCUGGCAGUGACGGCUAUCGAAGUGUACGGGUUUCUCGGACUCGCUAACAUCCAGUUCAGUGCGAUCCCCUGUGUGACGGUCAUCGUGUCUGUCGGUGCAACUGUCGAGUUCACCGCUCCACUCUGUCUCAUGUUUGUCAAAAUUAUUGGAACAAGAGAAGAGCGUGUUCAGUACGCCCUACACCAUCGCUUUGUGCCCAUAUUUAAUGGAGCAGUCAGCACAUUUGUAGGAUUCAUCAUGCUCGCCUUCUCGGAAUUCGAAUUUAUUAUCAAGUACUUUCUCGUCAUCUUCAUUGCAUUACUCAUUGCCGCCACAUUCAAUGGUCUCGUUCUCUUGCCUGUAGUCCUUUCAUGGAUUGGUCCAUUGCCGCAGGUUGUUCCGAUUGCUUGUGAUGACACGUCUGUGAGUCCACACAACGUUGCCAGGUAUUUACACGAUACUUCAGAAGUUCACUUUGAUACCUUGCCCAAAGUGCAUUGUAACAAUGACAAACACGAUGGCACACCAGUUUAGGUGCUUCUAUGUAGGAAAGAAGAUAAAUGGCAAAUUACUGAGGUUGCCAAUUUUCUGUAGGUACAAGUAGAGAGAAUGCAUACUUAUAGUCUUGUCAUAUUGAACCAGUCAUACUCAUUGUGUUUGAGGACAUUGUAUGAUUGAGAUCUCCUUUGAUUGUUAUUAUUACAGUAAAACAGUGGAAAAGAAUAGAUUGUGAUCUAGCA